CACACGGCAGAGCGGCCGGCCAGGGACCGGGGCGGGCUGAGGGAGCAGCUCCGGCAGCUCGCGGGCACAGGACUGCAGUCAGUGAUAGUGGGAGCGGAAGUGUCUCAGGUGCGACUGGCACCGACCCCGCCUAUGAUGGCCGCGGCGUGGCCGCUCCAUGUAGUGAGGAGGGCGUGGCGAUCCAAGAGUAACAGAGCUCUGACAGUGGCACUUGCGAUGAUCCUGACUCUGGGUGUCUUCCAGCGAGCAGACCGGCGGGUGGCUGCGCCAGCAGCGGCGGGGUGCUGGCCCAGCCUGUCUCUCGGAGAGGUGGCCUACCCCUGGGAGUCGCCGGCCCCCGCAGGAGACUCUCCGGGCUGCGGCGGUGUCCCCCAGCCACCGGACUGUCUCCGGCGGACCGGACACACGGCCCAUCUCGCCAUCAUCGGCGACUCCCGCGGACGCCAAAUCUACGUCAACCUGGUCAGGGAUAACCCUCCUCUGGAGAGCGUAUGGCAAACGCCAGGAGAAAGUCAGGAGGAAGACAGGCAGCUGGAGUACGUACCAGGGUUAGCUCCAGAGGCAUUCUGCUCGGUAGGCAUGUGUUCAAGCAACGCUACCAACGAGCAUAUCAGUAUUCGGUUUCUGUGGCAACCGUUUUUCGACCAGCAUUUCUUGAAAGCACUGCAAACAUUCGUUGACGAGUGUCAGCAGCCGAGGGGCACGUGUCCAGACAUGGUACUGGUUAACGGCGGUUUUGGUACUCGGGCCGGGUGCCGGGCAUGGACAAAAUAGCGCAGCACGAGCAGUUGACAAUGCUGCGGCAGGGCGUGCUGCGCGCGGCGCCGGCGCUGGCGCGGCUGGCACGCCGCACGCUCACCCUGUGGAAGCUGGAGGAGGCGAUGCUGUUCGAGUUUGUGCCGGACAAGUAUCGCUUGCGUCUGUCCAAGGUGGAGUACAUGGAGCUGCUGCUGGUGCAGCAGGCGCUCAUCUACGAGCUGACGCUGCAGGUGCCGGAGCUGGUGAUCUGGUCCUCUCUGCUGCCGGAGGUGACUCGCCACAUGUUCCACGUGUGCGCGCGCCGCGCCGACCGGGACAACUGCCCGGACCCCGUACACAUGGGCCGCUCACUGCAGAGCGGCUUCAGUGACACCCUGAUGGCAGUGCUGUGUCGCCGGGCCACAGCGCCGCGCCGCUAACCUGAUGUGUGCCACUGGCCGGGCCCGUGUGCCGCUGACCCGAUGUGUGCCGCUGACCCGAUGUGUGCCGCUGACCAGGCCCGUGUGCCGCUGACCUGAUGUGUGCCGCUGACCGGGCCACAACGCUGUGCCGCUGACCUGUGUGCCGCUGACCGGGCCCGUGUGCCGCGCCGCUGACCUGAUGUGUGCCGCUGACCGGGCCCGUGUGCCGCACCGCUGACCUGAUGUGUGCCGCUGACCGGGCCCGUGUGCCGCGCCGCUGACUGCAGUGGUGAUGCCGGAACCGAAAUGGUGAUGAAGGAACCGCAAUGGUGAUGAUACCGCAAUGGUGCUACAGGAGCCAUGACUUAGAAAUGGCUGCCGCUGACCGGUCGAUGAAUGAGUGGCAAAUAGAAACACGUGACCUCGAACGGAAUUAUGGCAAAUACAUUGCCAUCGAUAGA